AUGGGCUCCUAUAAAUCCUGCCAAGCGGGCAGCUACAGUUCAACAGACAGUUCAUGCUCAAAAAGCACGGCAGCAACAAUUCACAGCGACAGAAUAGCACCCCAACCCCAGAGGGCCGACUGGGCCACCAACCCAGCUCCAAAAUAUACAUACAGAUCCGAAACCGAAGAUGAAGUCAAGUACGAGUGCUGCGAGGUACAGUUCCGCUCCUCAACCUCAACUUACGCCUCGACAACAAGCUCCACAGCCGAGCUUGACCCAGAACCUCAACCAACCGAGCCCGUGAGCCCCCACGAAGGCCGCUACUGCGUAAACGAGCGGCAGGAAUUCUACCCACUAGACGCAAUUCCCUCCACACCCUCAUCAUUCGCGCCUCUCUUCCCCUCCUCGCGACGACUGCUCAUCCGCCACGACGAUGCAACCAUCGACGGUAAUAUGAACCUGCGCGUCGACACUCCUGUCCACCUCCGCGACGGUUCCCAGCGCGAUGUUAUCCUUUUUCACUUGCGCAUGUACGAUCUCUUCACGCGGAAGUUUUCGUUCAGGCGAUACUGCCGCGACUCGGGGAGGGAGGUAUGCCAUUCUGCAAGGCGGGAGGUCGUACCUGCUCAGGAGCGAAGGCCUGCGCUGCGACCCUCGUGGAGUAGCGUUCUGGCUGGGUUUAGACCUGGUUCAUCGAAUGGCCAUUGUCCACCAAAUGGGGAGCUGAAGAGGCAGGACUCAGGCCUUGGGGCUGGCUGUGCACAUGGAAAUGGCCAUGCCGCGCGGGACGAGGUUGAGAAGGGGAUGACUGAAGAGGUUGAGUUAGAAGAAGAGAAGGAAGGACACUGCGCUUUGCCGAUAUUGGGGGAAACGAUUUUGCUCGAAUUCUCGAAUUAUGCGCAUGUCGAGCUGCGUCGCAAAGGGCCGGGCUCGACUAAAAAAUACGAGUUCGAGUAUUGGUCCACGAAGUACCAGUGGCGGAGGGAGGUCCGUAAAGAGGGUGAUCUGCAUGAAGUGUCUUAUUACUUGGUUGACACGCGGACUUCCAAGACCAUUGCUCAUUUGGUACCGGAUACGCUGGCGCCGCUGGAGGUUGUUGAAGAGGAAAGCAAGGGGGGUUGGGUGCCGCCUUCUUCAUUGUGGAUCAGUGAUCCUGAAGUUUACAAGACGAUGCCUGAUGUUGCCGAUGUGAUAGUUGCAACAGGGAUAGUCGCGCUAGUUGACGACUGCAUUCGUCGUCGCUGGCAUCACGAGCGGCGUCCGUCUUGGAUCCUCCCCGCUCAAUACUCGCUAGCAAAGAGCCUAGAGCGCAUGGGCCCUCGGCGACUGAUCGGCCAGGUAUUGCAGCGGAGAGGAUCCGCCUAA